AUGCUGUCCCAUAUGUCUCGCCUGAGUGCUCUCCGUACGUCCUCACGAGCAUUUUCCACCACAUCCCGCGCUGCAGACCUCGCGAAACUCAUCCUCAUCGGACGCCUCGGGGUUGAUCCUGAAGUCCGGGUCACCAAGAACGAGAAAGAAUAUAUACGAUACGUUGUAGCGACUACCAGUUACCCUGGGAGCACUCCAGAAGGCACGAGGCCGGAACCGAAGACAACGUGGCACAAUGUCCUAUCCUUCAACCCGACCUCGAACGCCUAUCUGCGUACUUUAAGGAGAGGAUACUUUGUAUAUGUGGAAGCCAACUUCGAACUGCGGGAACCUGACCCAGAGGCACCUCCGGACACCCCGCAGGGUCGCCGGCAAAUUUUCUUGAAGCACGAGAGUAUUCGAGUGCUCAGUCGGCCAAAAAAUCCCGAGGAGUCUUCGGAUGAAAAUCGAGGACCUUAGGCUGCACACGUCUGUACAGCCUCUGAUAUCCAAAUUUCCUGGUUUAGCGUUGUAAUGUGAUAGAUCAUAGGUCGUGCUGUUCUCGAAUCCCUGAACCAUGGUGCAUGU